GGUUAGCACGGCUAAGUAGGUUCUGCAUCGGGUGUUAAUGUCGACAAAAAGAUCUUGACAUUGUGGUCUACUGGAGAUGGUAAUACACCCUUCAGAAUGAGAAGUGUUUUAAAACCUUUAUUCGCACUUGAUACAAGAAAACUAAAAACCUACAUUAGCAAGAGUCUUUCACUGCUCAAUGAACUCUCGGACGAAAGGUUAGCUACACACGGAACUCUCCUCCAUGGACAUUUUAUCAAAAUGGGCAUUUCGACACAGCAACAUAUUGCUGUUAAACUGCUUAUUAUGUAUUUAACUCUUCAAAAAUCCGAUGAAACGAAUGAAAUGCUGAAGGAAUUCAAUGGGUUUAACUUGGUUGCCACUAACUGUUUAAUUUCUGCAAACAUCAACUGUGGGAAGCCCGACGAAGCCCGUCGACUGUUUGAUGAAAUGCCCAAUAGAAAUGAAGUUUCUUGGACUGCUUUAAUUUCGGGCCUCUUAAGGUACGGGAGAGUUGAAGAGGCACUGUGCUACUUCAGGAGAAACCCAUUCCAAAAUGUCAUUUCUUGGACUGCGUUGAUCAGUGGACUUGUUCAGAAUGGACUGAAGAUUGAAGCUAUUAUGCUCCUCCCUAUGAUGCUGCAAUCUGGAGUCAUACCUAAUAAUGUUACUUUCACUUCUGUAAUUAGAGCAUGUGGAGAGUUAGAGGACUUUGAAUUGGGAAUGUGUCUGCUUGGUCUGGUUGUCAAGGUUGGUUUUGAGGACAACUUGGCAGUUUCUAAUGCUUUUAUUACGUUUUAUGUGCGGUUGAGUAGGGGUGAUUUGGCUAAAAGAACAUUCGAUAAGAUGGAGAAAAAAGAUGUGGUUUCUUGGACAGCAAUUCUUGACAUGUACGUUGAACAUGGGGACUUGAAGGAAGUUCGCGAAAUAUUUGAUGAAAUGCCUGAGAGGAAUGAAGUUUCUUGGAGUGCAAUGAUUUCAAGGUACAACCAUGGUGGUUAUGUUGAAGAGGCAGCAAAUCUCUUCCAUCAGAUGGUGAACAAAGAUGGGUUGAGGCCAAAUAUUUCAUGCUGUUCAGCUGUACUAAGUGCAUUGGGAGCCUUGAAAGCCGUGCAAGCUGGAAGAACUAUUCAUUCACUUAUUCUUAAACUAGGAUAUGAAAAGAACAAUUUCGUUGGCAGCUCACUGGUAGACUUAUAUUGCAAAUGUGGACAAACUGAGUUUGGAUUUCAAGCUUUUGACUCAAUCCUGGAAAAGAACACUGUUUGCUGGAACUCUAUGGUUUCUGGCUAUAGUUUAAAUGGACAAUCUAUAGAAGCUAGGAAGCUGUUUGAUCUAAUUCCCCAUAAAAACAAUGUCUCCUGGAAUUCUUUGAUGACUGGUUAUCUGGAAUGCGAAGAAUUUGACAAGUUAUUUGAGAUAUUCAAUGAAAUGAUUUUUUCAGGAGAACAACCCAACAAGUCCACUUUCUCCAUCUUGUUAUCUGCAUGUGCUAACCAAGCUUCAUCAGAGAAAGGAAAGAACUUACAUUGUAAACUUCUAAAACUAGGUUUCCAGCAUGAUAUAUUUGUGGACACUGCGCUUUUGGAUAUGUAUGCAAAAUCAGGUAACAUUGAAAGCUCUAAGAAGAUCUUCAUAAACAUGCCUAAUAAGAACGUGAUUUCUUGGACGGCCAUGAUUCAAGGGCUUGCAGAAAAUGGAUUUGCAGAGGAAUCUCUUGAACUGUUUGAACAAUUAGAAGAUACUACACCCUUCUCACCUAACGAGUAUAUACUCUUAGCAGUUUUAUUUGCUUGCUCCCAUUGUGGUCUAGUAGAUAAAGGCAUAUAUUAUUUCAACUCAAUGCAAAAGGUUUAUAGUGUAACCCCAAAUCAAAGACACUACACAUGUGUUGUGGAUAUGCUUUCUCGCUCAGGAUAUCUUACAGAAGCCGAAAAGUUUAUCUCAACAAUGCCCUUUGAACCUGAGGCUAACACGUGGGCAGCUCUGCUAAGCAGUUGCAAAACCUAUGGAAAUGAGAUUAUGGCAGAAAUAGUUCCGAACAGAUACCUCCAAGAAUCUGGGGGAUAUGUUCUGUUGUCAAAUGUCUAUGCUUCAGCAGGAAGAUGGACAGAUGUUCUGAAUACUAGAAAAUUAAUGCAAGAGAAAGGAGUGAAGAAAUGUGGGGGGUUUAGUUGGAUAGAGGUUAGAAGUGAACAGCAUGUAUUUUAUUCACUGGAUGGUUCUCAUGCGGAGUCAGCAGAGAUUUACAGUAUUCUAGAACUACUAAAUUCUGAAAUGCAGAUCCUUACAAGAAUGCAUGAGAGGCCAUUCAACGACAAAGAUUUUGAAAAAAUCAUCAAAGGCCGUCAAAUGCAGGACUUUGAAACCUAAUGGUGUUGAAAUUCCUCAGAAGAACUCUGCAUGCUAUAAGAUUGGUCUGUGGUGGAAACAGAUGAAGAGACAUCGUGCAUUUUAAGUGCAUGGGAUACCAAAUUUUUUAUACUCCUCAUUGAGCCGCCCUCCAAUAGGGUGGAGUUGAUGAAAGGCGGCUGGUGUGGUUCAGGAAUUUCAUAAUCUUCAAUCGUUAGCAUCUUCACAACCUGAGACAUGGAUGGUCUUAAAGAAGCUACUGCCUGACAGCAUACUAGCCCAACUUGAACCGCUUUUGAUGCCUCACUUUCAUGAAAAUUGCCUCUGAGAGAAGGGUCAAUUAAUUCAGUGGACCGAUCACUUCUGAAAAGCCCCCAUACCUAUUUCAAAAAGUAACAGGCAUAUAUAUGAAUACAUCAAGUCUUCUAGAGCACUGCAUAUAUGAGCUCGACUUUAACUUAUUAUGAGCAUGGUUGAAACCAGCUCGUUUCAAGCAAGUCUUAUCGUGCCGAGUCGUCCUAAUGAGCCUUACCUAGCCGAUCCAAACUUAUGAGCCUUACGUAGCGUGGUCAUCAGCCUGACUCUAGCCUAUUUGGAACUUGGCUUCGGCUUGGCUCAUUAAGAUUAUGAUCUUAGAACCAAGCUCAAAUUCGUGCUCGUGCUUCAUUGCGCAGAUCCAAGCUUACUAGUCUUAUCGAGCCGGGCUGAGGUUACGAGUUAAUAUCUAUGAGAGUUAAUUGAAAGUUAUGCCACAAUUACUAACCAAACCUAAUUAUCACAAUUAUUGAUCUGAGCUCUACCUGCUUUCGCAAAUAAAUAAACCAACCUCGAGCCUUAGUGAGCUGAGACAAUCACAGCCCAAGCUGAGAUGGUUUCUUAUAACAGCAUAGCAUGCUAUGCAUAGAAAAUUGUUCCAGAGUAGGAUAAUGUAGAUAGAUAUAUGGAACAUACCGUUUGCAGUAGGGAGCCAGAUUCUUCUAAGAAGGCAUUGCUCUUUCUACCAGAGAUGAUCUCAAGAAUAAGCACACCAAAGCUAUAGACAUCAGCUUUCUCUGUGAGUUGUCCUUUGACAAGUGUCCCGGCAAUGCCUGUGCUCAGAUGAGUUUUAUCGGUUGCAAAACAACGUGCCAGACCAAAAUCGGCAAUUUUAGGACAAAGAUUUUCAUCUAGAAGGACAUUGCUGGUCUUGAUGUCCCUGUGGAUUAUUCUGAUUGUCGUCCCUUCAUGGAGAAAGGCUAUACCUUCUGCUGCCCCCACCACAAUGUCAAAUCGCUCUUUCCAUGUUAGAAUCUUGUCCUUGUUAUUAUCUUCAAAUCAUAAUAAUAACAAUGAUAGUAUUAGAAAUACAACAACAAUAAUAAAGAAAAGCGAAAACAAUAACACCUCAAGUGAAUUACCACUCCAGAAAGGGUAAAUUUCUUUUUUAGUCUCAGCCAUUUUAGAGGCUGUUUGGGACGACUUAGCAUAAGUGUUUUAUCAUAUUUGGGUUCUCAUUUAAACCCAUAAUUAAAAAAAGAACCAAUCUGCUGCUGUUUUGUCAAAUAAGCACUACAAGUGGUUUUAAAACGGUUAAAAGCAUUAUGUCUAUUUUCUUGUCAAACACUUCUUUCUGAACGAAAAGUAUUUUUCUUCAUCUAAAAUAUAAUCAAUCCCCUAAAAAGUAAUCACAAUGCUCUCUUAGUCCCUUGGUAUUUUUUUUACAAAUAUGAUUCUUUAAUCUACUCUUUGGUUAUGGUUUUAGUCCAUCUUCCUGUCAGACAUCACAAUGGAAUACUGAACUCUAAGAGACUAAAGUGCCACCAGGGUGUAUAGUAACACAGGGACUGCUUAAGAAAAACUGCAUAACUGAGGGACCAUAAAAGCAAUCACCCUUUCACAAUACAUAUGAUAGAGGAGAAGAAAGAAACUAGAACUAGAGUAAGUACCAAAAAGGUAAUGGUCAAGGCUGUUGUUAGGUACAAACUCGUACACUAGAAGGCUCUCGGGACCUUCAAUGCUGCAGCCCAAGAGCUUGACAAGAUUCUUGUGCUCAAUUCCACUUAUAAGGUUCACCUCAUUGAAGAACUCAUCAACCCACUGCCUUGUAUUGAAAAACAACCUCUUCACCGCCACAACUCGCCCGUCACCCAGAGUUCCUUUGUACACAGAACCAGCCCCUCCUUGCCCAAGUUUUGUAUUAGCACCAAAGUAGUUUGUAGCCUUCUCCAGAGUUUCGUAUUUGAAAUUCAGAUUGGAUCUGUUGUAAGUGAUUGAUAUUGCACCAAGAUUCUUUUGUUCUGAAUUGCAGUCAAGGACGUUGUAAGGCUAUGUUUGGUAUGAUGUAAUGCAAUGCAAUGGAAUGAAGUGUGUAAUGCAUAUAAAAUGUAAUGUAAUGGAAUGGAAUCUCUAUUCCAUUACCAUGUUUGGUUACUUAAGUAACAACAAUUGUAAUCAACAUUACCUAAUUAUGUUUAUUUGUUUAUCUA